AUGAAGGGUUUACUGGUUCUCACUGCGCUUUUUGUGGCCGUGUUCGGCAAAUUCAUUUUACAAUGUGAUAUAAAUCUAUACAACAUACAUUUUCCUCAUGUUCAGCUGGACUUCUGGAUGAAUCCUGCAAGAGAGUCUCUGCCUGUUGAUCUUCAUGUCCCCUUCCACAGUCUCCAGGCUGUCAGAGCUUUUCUGGCCUACAAUCAGAUCCCAUAUCACAUCAUGAUCGAGAAUGUCCAGGAUCUGGUGGAUGAAGAACAACUGCAGAUGUUGAAAUACCGUGGCUUUCCAAGAAGCACAGAUGACUUUGUUUACACCACCUACCAUGAUCUGGACUCUAUCAACUCAUUCAUGGACAUGCUUGUGGCAGAAAACAGUAACAUGGUCAGCAAAAUUGUGAUUGGUCAGAGCUAUGAGAACCGCCCCUUGAACGUCCUGAAGUUCAGCACUGGAGCAAACCGUCCUGGUAUCUGGAUGGACACUGGUCUCCACUCCAGAGAAUGGAUCACCCAUGCUAGCGGAAUCUGGUUUGCCAAAAAGAUCGUGACUGACUAUGGACGUGACCCGGUCCUCACAGACAUCUUGAACAGCUAUGAUAUCUUCUUGGAGAUCGUCGCCAACCCUGACGGUCUCGCCUACACCCAUAGUGAUGACCGCAUGUGGCGGAAAACCAGAAAGCCCAAUCCUGGCUCCAGCUGUGUUGGAGUUGAUCCCAACCGAAACUGGGAAACUGGCUUUGGUGGCCCUGGAUCCAGCAGCAACCCAUGCUCUCAGACCUACCAUGGACCCAGCAUUCAUUCUGAGCCUGAGGUGAAGGCCAUUGUAGAAUUUGUAAAAUCUCAUGGUAAUCUCAAGGCGUUUCUGUCCAUCCACAGCUACUCCCAGAUGCUACUCUACCCAUACGGAUACACACACACCGCUGCAAAGGACCAGGCUGAACUGCAUGAGCUCGCCAGGAAGGCCACCAGUGAACUGCAGUCUUUAUAUAACACUGCCUACACAUAUGGCAGCAUCAUUACUACCAUCUAUCAAGCUGAUGGAGUCACUACUGACUGGGCCUAUGAACAGGGCAUCAAGUACUCUUACACCUUUGAGCUGAGAGACACCGGUCGAUAUGGUUUCAUUCUGCCAGCCGAUCAGAUCCUGCCCACUGCCGAGGAGACCUGGCUCGCUCUGAUGGUCAUCAUGGAGCACAUCAAGAAUAAUCCUUAUUAAGCAGACAGCAUUUUUGUGAUUAGUCAAAGUGCAGGAGUAAGCCAAAAUGUACCAUCAGCUGGUCAUUAAUGCAAAAAUGGGUUUAUUUUUGUAUUAAUGGUUGUUAGAUUGUAGGUUUUACAGCUUAUUACAUUGCAUGAUGACAAAUUAAUAAAUAUAUGACAUGAAAUAUUGA